UGUUGAUCUUACACCACAAGAUGUUGAACUCAGUCGUAGGCAAAUGCCUCGUGUUGUUGUUUGCAUUGGCCAACUUAUCCAAUGCCCUUCAUUUCUACUUAACGACCGGUGAAACCCGUUGUUUUUUCGAAGACUUGCCAGACAACACCUUGCUUGUUGGCCGUAUUGAUGCAUAUGAACAGGACGGUAAUGACUACAGGAAGAACCGUGAUUUGAAGGUGAAAAUCACUGUCGACGAAACUUUCGAUAACGACCACCGUGUUGUCUCGCAAAAGUCUAGUCCUACUGGAGAAUUCACCUUCAACUCCCACGACUCCGGAGAGCACAGAUUCUGUUUGACCCCAGAGUAUGACGAUGAUACCACUGGAAAGACCCACCGUAUCUUCUUUGAUGUUGCCCUUGGCUCAGCUCACGACUACGCCGACUCCAAGUCCACCAAGAAGGUCGACGGAUUGACUGCCAAAGUCAUGUCCUUGAACAACAAAUUGCAAGAGAUCCACAUAGAACAAGAAUCCAUGAGACAAAAGGAAGCCAUCUUCAGAGAUCAAUCUGAAACUACCAACAGCAGAGUCGUCAAGUGGACCUUGGUGCAAUUGGUUGUGUUGAUUGGUACAUGUUACUACCAAUUGAGACACUUGAAGGGCUUUUUUGUCAAACAAAAGAUUGUUUAAUACCUCUGCACUAUAUAUGUUUCGUGCCUUGCUGGCGAAAACACGUAUCAUUGCCGUUUGAUCGGUG